ACACAGGCGGUUCAAAUACCUUACGACCUAUCGUCGAAAAAUAAACAGAAGCAAAGAAGGAACUGGGAAAAGGGUUUUUCGAUCCAGAUAUCAUUGCACAUUUUGGCUUCAAACACGGCUUAGCAUAACCGGUGGACAAGUAUUUAUUGUAUAGCUUUGCUUGGAUUUUUCAUGGCCAUGAACGACGCAUUAAUUUUCCGAGUUAGUGCAUUCUCCGAGCAAGGGGGAAGGAGAUACAUGGAGGAUGUUAUUGAGUUUAAAGUGGAGUACGAACCGCCUGAACCAGAGCCAGCAGAGGGUGGUCUGAAUUCGGUAGAACAACAAGGGGAGUCAAAAGUAGAGAAACAGGAGAAUGGUCAUACUGAGCAGACCAUAAUAAGCAAUUCCCCCGAAAACGUUCAAGAAUCGGUGCCUGUUAGUGCAAUGUGGACAGAAAACAUAACAUGUGAGAAGCAUGGUGACAUUUCCCAGGCAGAAGUUCCAGCAGUGCACACGGUCGUUCGGAAGUCUGUGGCGUUUUUUGGUGUAUUUGACGGUCACGGAGGGCGAGAAGCUGCUCAUUUUGCCCGAGACAAUCUGUGGGGUAUUCUGAAAAAGCAAAGGGGGUUUUGGUCAGAAGAUCAAGGAGAAGUCUGUGAAGCAAUUCGAAAGGGGUUCAUUGCCUGCCACCAUGAUAUGUGGAAAGAGCUACCUGAGUGGCCCAAGACUCUGACCGGCCAGCCCAGUACUGCAGGAACAACGGCCAGUAUAGUGCUGAUCCGGGGGGAUCUGAUGUACGUAGCCCAUGUGGGGGACUCGGCAGUGGUUGUUGGGGUGAAAGAGCCUGGUGAAAAGAACAUCAGGGCCUUGGAAGUCACACAGGACCACAAACCUGAACUUCCCAAAGAGAAGGAGCGCAUUGAGAGACUUGGGGGCAGUGUAGUGAAGAAGUCCGGGGUGAACCGUGUGGUGUGGAAGAGGCCCAGACUGACCCACAAUGGCCCUGUCAGGAGGAGCACCGUCAUAGACCAGAUUCCCUUUCUCGCUGUGGCCAGAGCUUUGGGGGACCUGUGGAGCUAUGACUUCUACAGUGGGGAGUUUGUGGUCUCUCCAGAGCCUGAUGUCACUGUAAUGACCAUUGACCCUAAGAAGCACCGCUACAUCAUCCUGGGUAGUGAUGGCUUGUGGAACAUGAUGCCAGCUAAGGAUGCUGUCGCUAUGUGUGAGUGCCACGAUCAGAUGGUGGGCCCUAAGGGAUGGUCCUGUGCCAAACGGUUAGGAUGCACGGCCUUGCUGUUCUGGCGCCAGCGCAUGCUCCGUGCAGACAACACAACGGUCAUAGUGAUAACCGUGCAGCACCCUGAUGAGCCACCCAUGACCAUGCACCUACAGGAGCUCUAUGUCAAUAUGGCAGAGGGCCUUGAUAAGAUCCCCCCCGUUACAACCGCAAACUCUCCCUGCCGUUACGACGGCCCCAUUAUGCAGAACCCAGAGGUUAACACUGUGUCCUCUGUGGGUGAGCCUCUCCCCCUCCCAGCUCUGGAGUGGAGGAAUAGCCUGUGUGAGGCUGGUCUCUGUCCCCCUUCAGAGCCCCUGGCAGAGGUGGACUCACAGAGAGUGACCCCAACCGACAGAACCUUGAACGUUUGUUCAAUUGAAGGCACAGGGACUCCAGGGUUCUCAGCACCAUCCACCCCUCUGCUGAGGAGGCUUCGUAGGCCUCCACACACUCCCCUCUCCCCCAGCAUAGCACACCACAGCCUUGGUCGGUCCCCUCACAGUCUCUUGUCUCCCAGGAUGCCUCGCCGCAGCCUGGCCCGUUCUCCACGCAGUCCCUUGUCCCCUAGAACGUCUCGCCGCAGACUCUGUGACCGAACCCCUCUGAGGCGAGGUGGAAAGGGACAGAGACGCUCCCCCAAUGUUCCCGUAAUCCUACCACAGAAACGCAAGGCUGCCUUGUGUGUGUGCUGAACCUCAUCUUACCACGGACGACAGAUUGACUAGGAUGAUGACCUUUAUCAUUCUGCAAAGAGAUGCAUAAGGGCAUCUGAACAUUGUGUGCUCAUGUAUCAACAAUAUGCCACUGUUCCAUUCAUAGGUUAAGUAUACUUUUAUAGUGGAGUCUGGUACCAUCUAAACAUUUUUGUAAAAAUGUGAUGUUUGUGUAUAUGCUUACUUUACAUCUUAAGUGUUUUUAUGAUCUUUUGUUUAUUAACUGUUUUAAUGGAAAACAUAUUUUAUCUAGUGUAUAUUGCUGGUCAUAUUUCCACCCCCUUUUUAUGUUUAAAAUAAUAAUAAUAAUAAAUCAAUAAAAUAUCCCAUAUUCUGUACCAAUAGAAAAAUAUUAUACUAAAUACUUUCCAAACUACAUUAUUCAUACUUAGCAAUAUGUGUAUUUUUGAAAAUCAUAAUGAAUUGACUAUCUUGAACUAAACCACAGAGCCUGAAUGAAUUUGGUGAUAAACACCACACCCUGUUUUAACUUACAUGCGGAGAUCAAGGUGCUUAGUUUCUAUCACUAGACAGACAAAGAGCAGUCAGGAAUGCCAAAUAAGUGUUUUGAAUCGGGAGAGGGAGAUCCAUGGUGUUUUGAAUCGGGAGAGGGGGAUCCAUGGUGUUUUGAAUCGGGAGAGGGAGAUCCAUGGUGUUUUGAAUUGGGAGAGGGGGAUCCAUGGCGUUUUGAAUCGGGGGAUCCAUGGUGUUUUGAAUUGGGAGAGUGGGUCCAUGGCGUUUUGAAUCGGGGGAUCCAUGGCGUUUUGAAUCGGGGGAUCCAUGGCGUUUUGAAUCGGGAGAGGGGGAUCCAUGGUGUUUUCAGAACUACAUGUGUUAAAUGUAGAAUAUCCAGAAUGUGCUACCUGCUGUGAAUACUUUAUAUAUCCCCAUAGUUGAUUGUUUGAAAUAGUUGAAUCUUUCCCUGGUUCCCCAUGAAUAGUUGGCCUUGCAUCAUUGUUCUCAUGUAUUGCUUUCAGCUGUCCACUGGAGGGCACCCACUGCAAGUGUAAAUCUGGUGUCAAGUAGUUUCAGUGCUGUGGGAUUUACUUUGCAAGUGUUCAAAUACCCCAUAUUCAUAAAGUAUAGUGGAUUUGAUCUCAUGAAAGUUAUGAUUGUUGUGUCAGUUUAAUGCCCUCUUGGAUUUCUGAAUCCAUAAAAGUGUGAAUUAAAUCUUAAAACGAUGAACAAAUGACAGCUCAUUAUGUCACCCCGUUGGGAAGUUGGCCUUGCUUGUAUGAUGAGAUAUUUGGAGUUAAAAUAUUUGACUCAGCUAAAAUGUGUUUGUUGACAAUGACCUUAAACUUCAAUCAGUCAAAUAGUGCUAUGUUUACAAAGCUGAGUUCUCAUAACCAGACAAGUGGAAUACACCUCUGAAAUACACUACAUGGCCAAAAGUAUGUGGACACCUGCUUGUCAAGCAUCACAUUACAAAAUCAUGGGCAUUAAUAUGAAGUUGGUCCCCCCCCCCUUUGCUGCUAUAACAGCCUCCACUCUUCUGGGAAGGCUUUCUACUAGAUGUUGAAACAUUGGUGCAGGGACUUGCUUCCAUUCAGCCACAAGAGCAUUAGUGAGGUCAGGCACUGAUGUUAGGCGAUUAGGCCUGGCUUGCAGUUGGUGUUCCAUUUCAUCCCAAAGGUGUGCAGUUGAGGUCAGGGCUCUGUGCAGGCCAGUCAAGUUGUUCCACACCGAUCUCGACAAACCAUUUAUGUAUGGACCUCGCUUUGUGCACGGGGGCAUUGUCAUGCUGAAACAGGAAGGAGCCUUCCCCAAACUUUUGCCACAAAGUUGGAAGCACAGAAUCGUCUAGAAUGUCAUUGUAUGCUGUAGCGAUAAGAUUUCCUUUCAUUGGCACUAAGGGCCCUAGCCCGAACCAUGAGAGACAGCCCCAGACCAUUAUUGCUCCUCCACCAAAUUGACAGUUGGCAGUAUGCAUUGGGACAGGUAGCAUUCUCCUGGCAUCCGCAAACCUAGAUUCAUCUGCCAGAUGGUGAAGCUUGAUUCAUCACUCCAGAAAACGCAUUUCCACUGCUCCAGAGUCCAUCGGCAGCAAGCUUUACACCACUCCAGCCGACGCUUGGCAUUUUGCAUGGUGAUCUUAGCCUUGUGUGCGGCUGCUCGACCAUAGAAACCCAUUUCAUGAAUCACCCGACGAACAGUUCUUGUGCUGACGUUGCUUCCAGAGGCAGUUUGGAACUCGGUAGUGAGUGUUGCAACCGAGGACAGAUGAUUUUUACGUGCUUCAGUACUCUGGGGUCUCGUUUUGUGAGCUUGUGUGGCCAUCACUUUGUGACUGAGCUGUUGUUGUCCUCUAUGUUUCCACUUCAAAAUAACAGCUACUUACAGUUGAACGGGGCAGCUCUAGCAGGGCAGAAAUGUGAUGAACUGACUUGUUGGAAAGGUGGCAUCCUAUGACAGUGCCACGUUGAAGCUCGUCAGUAAGGCCAUUCUACUGCCAAUGUUUGUCUAUAGAGAUUGCAAGGCUGUGUACUUGAUUCUAUACACCUGUUUGCAACGGGUGUGGCUGAAAUAGCAGAAUCCACUACUAUGAAAGGCUGUCCACAUACUUUUGUAUAUAUAUGGUGUAUGAUGCCAUAUUUAGUGCACCCAUGGCUCACUGGAUUUACAAAUCGGAUAAUUGCACAUUUGCAGCACAGAUAAUUGUUCUUACACCAACCAUUGUGGUACCAUUGACACUGCAGAAUAAUGUCGAUCUUGUACAGGCAUAGAUUAAUACAAUUAUGUGUUAUUUUGAAAACAGAAAAAUAUCUUCCAUAGCAUUGAAGUGCUUUUGUAAAUAUGAUUUUAUUUGUACAGUAUAUUAUGCAAAACCAGGCAUUGGGUUUUACAUGAAUGUGGCAUGAUCAGCUCUGUUUGUGGUGAAGUGUAUUAAGGGAUGGCUUUAUUAAUAGAAAUGAUUAUUUGCUAGAUAGAUUACAUAGACAUUUCCACUUUACAUCCAUUACAGUGAUAAUCAAUGUAUGUCUUGAUGUCAAACUGCAAUACCUGCCUUGAAUGUGACUAAAUAAGUGUGUUGAAUAAAUACGUUGUCAUUUCAAAUGAA